AUGGAGCAAGGAAAGGUCCUUACUUCCUACGCCACCAUUGAUUUUUCAGGGAACAGACUUGAAGGACAGAUUCCUGAAUCCAUUGGUCUUUUGAAGGCAUUGAUUGCACUCAACUUAUCAAAUAACGCAUUCACAGGCCAUAUUCCUUUGUCUUUGGAAAAUGUUACUGAGCUCGAGUCACUUGAUUUGUCAAACAACCAACUCUCAGGGACUAUUCCUAAAGGACUAGGAAGCCUCUCUUUUUUGGCGUACAUAAGUGUGGCUCAUAACCAACUCAAAGGCGAAAUACCCCAAGGAACACAGAUCACUGGGCAACCUAAAUCCUCCUUUGAAGGGAAUGCAGGGCUUUGUGGACUUCCUCUCCAAGGAAGUUGCUUUGCGCCACCAACGCAACAGCCUCAGGAAGAAGACGAAGAAGAAGAGGAACAAGUGUUAAACUGGAAAGCUGUGGUUAUAGGGUACGGACCAGGCUUAUUGUUUGGAUUGGUAAUAGCACACUUUAUCUUGCUUCAUACAGGCCGAAGUGGUAUGUCAAGAUAG